GCAGUCAGUCAUAAGACAGCAGCAGUAAGGAGCACAGGGUGAAAGAGAGCAAGAGGCUUCCCAAGCUCACCCUGGAUUCCCGGAGCUCGUCACCAUGCUUGGCUGGCUAUAGGAGCUCCAUGGAGCUAGCCAACUUCUACGAGGUCGAAUCCCGGCCAUCCAUGAGUACCCAGCCUCAUCCUCAUCACGGUGCAUACCCCUACAGGGAGCCCCAAGCCACCGGAGACAUCAACGAGCUGUGUGAAAACGAGAACUCCAUAGACAUCAGUGCCUACAUUGACCCUGCAGCCUUCAACGACGAGUUCUUGGCUGACCUUUUCCAUAGCAGCAAGCAAGACAGAACCAAGGGAGUCAUUGACUAUCAGCAGGGACUUGGAGCUGCUCACCCGCAAAUGUAUGGCUGCAUGGCCAACUAUAUGGACAGCAAGCUGGACAAUGCUGGCUUAAGACCUCUGGUCAUCAAACAGGAGCCCAGGGAGGAGGAGGAAGCAAAUAGGGCUUCUCUGGCAGCCCUUUACCCUCAUCAUGCACCCCAGCACCCAUCCCACCUGCAGUACCAGGUAGCCCACUGUGCACAGACCACUAUGCACCUUCAAUCUGGUCACCCAACUCCACCACCAACCCCUGUGCCAAGUCCUCACCACCUCCCCCAUCACCACCACCUUCACCUGCAAGCUACAUCAGCCAAAGGAAUGUCUUCAGCAUCUUCCACUUCUUCAUCAUCUUCAGAGACUCGAGGCAAGUCCAAGAAAUGGGUGGACAAGAGCAGCAAUGAGUACAGGGUAAGGAGGGAGAGGAAUAACAUUGCAGUGAGGAAGAGCAGAGACAAGGCAAAGAUGCGUAAUGCUGAAACCCAGCAGAAAGUCCUUGAGUUGUCCAAUGAUAAUGAAAAGUUGAGGAAGAGGGUAGAACAGUUGAGCAGAGAGCUGGAAACCCUCAGGGGCAUCUUCAGGCAACUUCCAGAGAGCUCUCUGGUCAAAGUCAUGGGUAACUGUGCAUAGUGUCCUGCUGCAAACAAGACCCCUUGUCCAAAAAAUAACUCUUAUUGACACUUCUUCCAUCAAGGACAAACUUUAAUCAAGAGUGAAAGAGACACUUCCUUGGACUUAGAUACCACCCAUGACCCCCUUCCCCAAUUUUUAUAACUGAUGCACCUGGAUGCCAACCUCUCAGACCUUUUAUUGUGGUCAAAAUAACUAAACAGCUAGGAUGUAAUAUGGUGCUAGCACAAUCUAGAGCGCUUCAACUUCCCAUUUUCACCAUAGAUUUCUAUUUUUGUCCAUAUUUUUGUACUAUUUGUGAGCUUAUCUUUAUCAUGAAAACUGUGGAAGUGGCUAAAUGUUUAUAAUGUGGGGUAACUUUUUCUAUGCUAUAUAGCAGUGUGCUUAGAAGCUUUAGGGCCCACAGAGGAUAACAAGACAUGGGCCAUACGAGGUUUGAAUGCCUGAACAGGGUUUAUACUGUGUGCACCUUAUACCUUUUAUUGUGCCUUAGAAAGAAUCAUUAUGUGCUUUAUCUGUUACUGUAAGAAAUCUCACCUCUAGCCCUGCUGCCUUAAAGUGCAUCCCCCCAGCUGUAUGUUCUUCAGAUACCAUUUCAUAUCAGAAACCUCAGACUAUGCAAUAUAUAUAUAUAUAUAUAUAUAUAUAUAUACAGCUCCUGAGUUUGCCCAUCAUAAGGGUCUAUUGCCAAAUAUUUGCAUAACUAAACCCGUGUGCUAUAGAAAUGCAAACGCACAAUAACUUUAUGGGAGACCCAAGCCGUGUCCUCGCUGUGGUCAAUGCUGGAUACUGAGGGAAUUGCUAUGCAAAAGCCACAUUACAUUGGAUAUAUAUAUUAUUUACUGUACUUAUUUGUGUUUUGUAUAUAUUUUUUUUUUUUGUAAAUCUCAGCAAUUUUAAUCUUGAAUAACAGUAUGUAGCUGCUACUCGCUGGUAAAUGUAUCUUCUGGAGCUGUAAAUACGGCCUGUACCUCCUUACUUUCCAAAACCUUUAAAUGGACCCAGUGGAAUGUGAAACUCAUGUUAGUUUUUAAGCUUUAUACAUUUCUUUUGCUAUAUCUUGCCAUUAAAAUAACAAAAAGCGCAGUAAAUGGCUGCAAAAAUAUAUAUUUUGGAUAAUUGACAGAUGGUGCACUUGAGUUUUUAUUACUGUAUUUAUGCAUCUCCCAACCAUAACCUGCAACCUGUGGCUCUCCAGCAGUGGCGUGACAACAGCUCCCAGCAUGUUUAAUUUUGGCAUGUUGGGAGUUGUAGACCCGCCACAGCUGGAAAGCCAGGUUGCAGACCAGUUAUCUAAACUUUAAUAGUCAGUCUACAGCUAGUACUGAUGACCAGGCGGCCCAAUGUGCUAACUUAUAGGAAAUGUCCCUUUAAAAAUCUAUUUUAUUCUUAUUUUUUAAAUGUUCUGUAUGUUAAAAAAAAAGUAUUGAAAAAUUCACCUAUUUGUUAAUAAUUAUGCUGUGGAAACACUUCUACGUAUCUGUUUUAUUUGCAACAUAAAUAAAAAAAAUAUACGUU